GCCUCCUUGUCCCUUUCCUCUUCUUCUGAGCUGAUUGCUGAAAAUUGACGCCUUUCUCUGUUCAGUUUUUUUUUUCUUCCCAAUUCCUUCGACGGAUCGAUCGAUGCCCUUUUAGAUUUCUUGCGUUUCGCAUUAUUUUCCCCGGUGAAAAAGAAGCGCAUUCCCGCUGAAUCGCUUUUUUUCUGAUCUUCUUCGUCUGGCAUCGCGAUUAGGUGUUCUACUGUUUAAUUGGUUGCUGGGUUUGUCGUCUCUCGAGCUGUUCACAAACAACAAUGGUGUCGGCGAACAGAGAGAUGGCGGUUUACUGUUUCGACACUUUGGUCUCUCACUACAACAGCGAAGAGACUCCUCUUCCUGCCUUUGACGAGGCCCAGCAUCCAUUGUUUGUCACCUGGAAGAAAAUAGUGAAUGGUGGAGAACCUCGGUUGCGGGGAUGCAUUGGUACAUUGGAAGCUCGCCACUUGAUUAGUGGCUUCAAGGAUUACGCCUUGACCAGUGCCCUGAGGGAUCGUAGGUUCCCGCCCAUACAACCUAAAGAAUUGCCAUUUCUGGAAUGUACGGUCUCUGUUCUCACCGAUUAUGAAACUGCAGAAGGUUAUCUUGAUUGGGAGGUUGGAAAGCAUGGAAUAAUCAUCGAGUUUACUGAUCCUGAGCGUAAUACAAGGCGAAGUGCCACAUAUUUGCCCGAGGUACCAGCUCAUGAAGGUUGGACAAAGGUAGAGGCGAUAGAUUCGCUGGUUCGUAAGGCGGGGUACAGCGGUCAGAUAACGGAGUCCCUGUGCAAGUGUAUCCAUCUAACCCGAUACCAGAGCACGGUAUUCACCAUGCAUUAUAGCGAGUACGUCUCGUAUGUGAAGGCGACGAGGGGCGGCGUUCCAGCUAUUAACGGGACCAAACCCGCGGCCUUCUGAUUCUUCCGCUAUUUAAAAGCCCGGGGUACGUUUCAUCCCGGAAACAGGGCAGAAAUCGACUCGAUUCGGUUUCUGUUGUGUCUUAUUUUUAGUUGUGAUUCAAAUUGUCUGUCUGCUGAUUUAAACCUUCCUCGGAAAUUUGGCAAAAGGUGUAUUGGCAUCUCAAUUUGGCAACUGUAACAUUUAAGUACUUUGAUCAAAGGAACACACUUUGGUCUCUGUGUUUCAUGUGGAGAAACGAAAUGCAUGCUGCAGCUAUGUUUUUCAUAA